AUGAGAUCUAAAGCUGGUAUUGUUAAACCUCGCGUGUUCUUUAGUGUGACUGCAAGUACCCCAUGUGAGCCGUCCUUCUCUGAGGCCAACAAGGACCCUAAAUGGCAGGCUGCUAUGCAUGCUGAGUUCACUGCUUUACAAGACCAGAACACUUGGACCCUUGUUCCUCUUCCACAUUGUUUUCGUGUCGUGGGUUGUAAAUGGGUCUACCGUAUCAAAAUUUGUCUCGAUGGUACUGUGGACAGGUAUAAGGCCCGUCUUGUGGCCAAGGGAUUUCAUCAGAUAGUCGGCUUGGAUUAUCAUGAGACCUUGAGUCCCGUUAUCAAGCCUACCACCAUUCGUCUCAUCCUAAGUGUGGCUGUCUCUCUUCGCUGGCAUCAAAUUGACAUUUAG